CUCCGUUUCAACCUCGGUAAAAAGCCCACGCGCGGCCUCCGAGACUCUCCUCCACGGGCACAAGGGAACGGAGGCUCCCAAGUCCCAAAGCAUCAUCGCCGCCGGCACCUCCCUCCGCCCGAUCCUCCGUCCGCUGCCCGCCGCUCUUCUCAGAUCCCUCCAGGCGAGGACUGUGUCCUUCCUGUGCUGGGUAAUUUUUCACUUGGGAAAGGAAGGACACUCGCAAGCCAGAACAUUCUUGAAUAACCUGAUUAAAGGACAUGCGAUUAAGGAAGGCAAACGGAGAGAGGCGUAGCUCAGAUCAUCGCAAUAAUGAUGUUUCAUGGAUCUCGGAGGUUAAAGACAUAUCUAAUGUUGCUGUAAGGAAGAAAAGGGGGAGAAGAGCACCUCCAUCUGCUAAAAGAUUACGUGGUCAACAGGUUGAUAAGGUGAUUGACAGUGAUGAUGCCGUUGACAAUGACAUCGAUGAUACAGAUGAAGGCCAGGUUGGUAAAAAUCAGUCUAUUGCGCACAUUGAGGAAUGCAUUGAUGGGGGAACUGGUGAUCUAGACAUACCAAAAACAGGCAAGUCAGGUAAUUCUUCUGAUGGUCUAUCCUCAGCUUCAGAAGAACAAGAUCAUUCGACAAACUCCAAAGAUAUAAUAAAAAAAUCUAGCACUCAAACCACAGAGAGGGUUUCUGAAAGCCCAACGAGAAGCAAGAAAGAUGAAUUUCAUUUGAAACAGGAAGGGGUUGAUAUUGAGCCCACAGGCCAGAAUGACUUAGCAAAUGAAGAUGGUUCUCAUGCGAAAGCAGCUGUUGUGAAGAAGGGUACUGUUGAAGAAAGAAGCUCUCAAGAAAUCAAGGAUGACCAGGUAUUUGACGCGCAAGUGAAUAUGACUUCCUCUGAGAAUAGAAGUGCUGAAGAAAUUGAAGAUGUGAAAGUGUGUGACAUAUGUGGAGAUGUUGGUGACGAGGAUAAGCUUGCUGUCUGUAGUAGAUGCAAUGAUGGUGCUGAGCAUACUUAUUGUAUGCGGGUAAUGAUGGAAGAGGUUCCAGAUAGUGAGUGGUUGUGUGAAGACUGCCAAACUGUGGUAGAACUUGAAAAGAAGAAACUAGAAAAAUGUGAGGUGAAGGUUGGCACUUCAAAAGGACAGUUCUUUGAAGGGAAAAUAAACGAGCCUCUCGAUGCUGCAAAGAGAAGUUCUUCUGACAGUGAAUUGAAUGUAGAAAAUGUAGGUAACAAAGAGUCAGAUACUGCAAAUGAGGGCAGUGAUGUGGUCAAUAACAGGAUGGAAGAAGAUGCUGUGAUUACUUCCUUAGUUAGAGAAACUAUUCCAGAACCUGGUGGCUUAUACACAGGGGCUGACUCCAGAAAAAGAAUGCCACUGUCACAGGAGAGCUCAUUCAAGUUCGAUGCGGACAAAGGAAAGCAACCCAGUCAUCAAGUGGCAACCUCAUUGGCAUCUAAUGCUCCGAAGAAUCAGGCACCACAACCUCGUGGUCAACUUUCCAAAUCCACUUCUUUCAAUAACUCAAAGGUUCCCAAAGUGAAACAGCUAUUGAAUGAAGUUCCUCAGAAGCCAAAAAAUUUGAAGGAAUCUUGGUCUUCUAUCAUUAAAAAGGAGGGUCCAGUGAGCAUGACUACUAAGUCCGCAACCUUCAAAAAGCCUAAACCUUCUGAGCCAGCAAAUAAGGCAAAGUCUUCUAUCUUGUCAACUGCUGAGGGGCCAAGGGUGGUGAAUCCGCUGGUGAGCCAAAAUGUUUCAAAUGAUAGAUGCACUUCUAUAUUGGGGUGUCCCUCUGUUACUACAUCAAUGGUUGCUCCUGUUCUUUCAAAAGCUGACACCACAGCUCAGCACCUCGCUACAGGAAAUAACAUGUCAGACUCUAAUAAUUUAAGCACUGCUCAUGGACAGGGUGGUAAAAACUCUCUUGGAAACAGUGAGCUAAAGAAACUGCCUUUAGCAAAAGUGCCUGGAAGUAUGAUGAUAUGUAAUGCUGAGAAAUCCUCUGGUAUUCUUGGUCCCGGUGCACAGAGAAAGAUAAUUCAAAACUCAGAUCCUUCACACCGGGAUAAUAAAAUAAAGGACCCACCUGGCUUCAGACUGGGUGCUUCUGGCAGUAAUCGUGCAAUUCGUUGCCAAAGAUGUAAUGAAGCAGGUCAUUCUACACAAUUUUGUGCUCUUGGCAAACUUCGCUUGUCUGCAAUAAAACCUUUGAGUGAGCGAAACUUGAAGGAAGCAUCUGCCAAAAGGAAUAAAACUUCUGAAACUAGCACAAUGGUGGCUACUGAAAAGGCUGCUUCCAGAAUAGCAGAUCAAUCUGAGCAAAUCCCAAAAUGUGGUACUUCUCAGAAUCAGAUGUAUGGGCCAACAGAUGUUUUAUCUGCCUCAUUCAGCCACUUGAAGAAGCCCUCCUUGUUCAUUCAAACUAAUGAGCAGGAUAUGAGAUACGGUUUGUCCAACCCUGGCAGCACAGCUUCAGUAGAUUGUAUUAAGCUGAAGUCCAAAGAUGAUAAUCCCACUCUAUCUGCCACAACAGGAAGCUCUGUUGAUAAUGGUCCUAUGCCAAGUGAUCAAAGGGAUGAAUCCAGUCAAGGCUUUUCAACUGGUGGUGAACCAAUAGCUUCAACUGUCCCAGAGCUGGACUACAUAUGGCAAGGUGGUUUUGAGCUAUGGAGGACUGGAAGAUCACCGGAGCUAUGCGAUGGUUUCCAAGCCCACUUAUCAUGUUCUGCUUCACAGUCAGUGCUGGAAGUAGCAAAGAAAUUCCCUUCAAAAGUCCAGCUUGAGGAACUUCCUCGUCAGAACUCAUGGCCAACACAAUUUCAGGAAAGUGGUCCAACAUAUGACAAUGUUGGUCUUUUCUUCUUUGCUAGAGAUGUUCAGAGCUAUGAAAAUCACUACAGUAAAUUAGUUGAAAAUAUGCUGAAGAAUGAUUUAGUGCUCAGAGGAAGUGUUGACACAGUUGAGUUGCUUAUAUUCCCUUCCAAUAUCCUGUCAAAAAACUUCCAAAGAUGGAACAUGCUCUAUUUUUUAUGGGGUGUGUUCAGAGUUAGCAGAAAAGAUUGCUCAAACCUUCCACCUGAUGUACCCACAUGUAGACGCAAAUCUAAUUUGAGUGAGGAUCCCUGGGCUGUAGAUCCAAAUACCUCUGUUCUGUCUUCUAGUCAUUCAUUCUCAAAAGACACGAAUAAUUUUGAUGAACCAGACCGCAAUUUCGUGAAGUCAGCUACUUGUGCAGACUAUCAAUGUCUACCGAGUUUGGAAGCCAAUCAUCAGGGAUCUUUGAAUGGAGAGAACUCUUUGAAUCAGCCUGUGAGUGGAACACCUUUAGAUGAUCAUCAUGAUUCAGUUACAGCACGAUGUUCAACGGAUAACAAUGGUGCUAUCGAUCACUCUGCCACCGCUGCAGGAAGAAAGCACCAGAACCUUAAUUAUUCAGAACACCGAGAUAAAACGCGGGACACUUUCGAUGGUACUGUUAGUGAAAGAGAUUUUGAUGUGAAUAUGGUGCCAAUUGCUUGCUCUGUCCCCUUAAUCCAUGAAGAACCUGGUAAGGAGAGCAAAACCAUCAAGAUUAACGAUGCAGAGCACCUCAUGGAUAUAGACCAUGUCAAUACUGCUGAGGUUAACACAGGUGCACUGGAUCCUUUUUUACAUGCAUCAGGUGGUGCAUGUAAAAGAGAUUUUGAGAUGAUCAAUGGAGCUGAUGGAGCACUCGAGCAUAAGAAAAUUAAAUUGGAUAAUGUAGUGUCUCCAAACUCUGGUUUACGUGAGAAUAUCAAUGAUGGAAGGUUAUCUUCUAAGAUGCAUCCCCUCACAGCUUCCUCUGUGGAUGGUGGCACUGACAAUAAACUGAUGGCAGGAAGCUCAAACAGUGAUGGAAAGUGCGUGUUUCCACUAGAUCUAAAUGAAGUGGAUGAUGCAGUAUCUGAGAAUAUUGUAAAUAUUCUGUCUUCAGAUGAUGAAGAGUCACCAGAACCUGGUGUGCCAGAUCUUAAGCUGGAAACGAGGGAUGAUAGAUCUUCAGGAAAGGUCACGUUGUCCUCUGUUUCAUCAAAGGUUGGAGAGAAGCAAAAUAAUGGAGAUAAUCUGCCAACUGAUAUAACGGGUUCCCUCUCCCUCUCUCUUGGUUUUCCGUCAAGGAAAGGAACAAGCUAGUAAACCGCAAUUGGAUCCACAUAGACGAUGCCUGAGAGGAGCAGCAGGAAUACUACAUCAUCCAUUUGGGGCCAACAGUGAUUGCUCGUUCUUGCAUUUCUGAUGUCUUGAGCGAGGAUGAAUCUUUGAAGCCCCUGCCCAGGGCAUCAUCCUGAAAACUGAUGCACUUACAAUGGUGCCUUGUCAAUGUGUUCAGCAGAUAGCCUCCUCCGAAGUGAAGUUUUAACUGAUAACCUCGUGUGCUGUAGGCAUCACAUCCAUCUCAAAUUGCAAAGAGCUUCAAUACUCAGACCCUGGGUCAACUCGGUGGACAAAGAGCAAGCCGGUAUUUCAGAAUUUGGAGGUACAGAUUUGAGCUUCAGCCUCAAAUCUGAGCUUCAAUCUCAAAUCUCAUGUUUAAAAUCUGCAAUGUUAAGCGCGUGUCAACUUUUGCCCUUAGCUCUCAGCAGUCGAACAAUUGGACAGUUCCCUUGCGAGAAAAAUGCUGGCGUUUGGCUGCGUUAGCACACAAAAUAUUGUCGUCUCUGUUCAUUUGUUACUUGAAAUUUGCUGUGGGAAGUACACUAACCUGAACAGCAUACACAAUCACUUAGGCGAGCACCGUAAUUCAACUUUUACUGUCCUCUGUAGCCUAUCAACAAAUUAAGAGACUUGUAGUAUGAAAUCUUUGAAGCAGCUUUGUUGGUAGUGGAGUAUUA